AUGUUUAACACAUCAAAGCAGUGUGAUUUCCACUUUCAAAAGCAGCUGCUGCCUCCUUUAUAUGGUGUUGAAUUCUGCGUGGCAUUUGUCGGCAAUGCCUUCGCUCUAGUGCUGCUACUGACAAAAGAACGGCAGAACUGGCACACCGGAGUGGUUUUCUCCUGUAACCUGGUCAUCAGCGAUCUCCUCUAUGUUCUAACGUUGCCUCUCCUCAUCAUUUACUAUUCAAAGGACAAAAACUGGACCUUUGGCGUUGCUGCGUGCAAAAUCGAACGUUUCCUUUUCACCUGUAACCUCUACGUGAGCAUUUUCUUCAUCAUGUGCAUCAGCGUAAACAGAUACGUGGCUAUCGUUCAUCCUUUUUUCGCGCGGAGCCACGUGUGCCCUAAACACGCCAAGAUUACCAGUCUGAUCAUCUGGAUCAUAGUGGCAAUCAUCUCUAUGCCGGUCUUCAAAUACGCCAGCACGCAACGAGCAGACAGCAAGAACGUCACCCUCUGCGUCUCCUCCAGCCACGGAACGGAGAUUGGGUUCUCCCACUUUAGUUACAGACUUUCUCUGGCUGUGAUUGGGUUUUUGAUACCGUUGGUGGUGACUUUUGCAUCAUAUUUAGGUGUGAUAAGGGUUGUUUUCAGAAAUGCCAACAUCUCAUCACAGGAGAAGAGAAAAGUGGCUUUGUUGGUAGGCUCAGUGUGCACUCUCUAUGCCCUGUCCUUUGUGCCCUUCCACAUUUUGCAGAUUUAUCACUAUUAUCCAAGGAAUAAAAGCUGUUUGAAGUACAAUGCAUAUCAAAUAUCGAAGGGGCUUGCCACACUGAAUAUGUGCAUCCACCCCCUACUCUACAUGGCUGUCUUUGACAGUAUCAGAAUGGUUUGUUGUGGUAAGAGCUCAGAGAGAUGA